AUUACUAUACUGUCAAGGAAUAACUAAAAAGUAUGGUUCUGGCCAAAAGAACUUACAUACAAUUUGGAGGAACUUUGUUGUCUUUGGCAGGAUGGAUUCUGUCCUGUGUUACAACUUAUGUACCUCUCUGGAAAAACUUAAAUUUAGAUUUAAAUGAAUUGGAAAACUGGACUAUGGGACUGUGGCAGACUUGUGUCGUACAAGAGGAAGGAGGAAUGCAAUGCAAGGACUUUGAUUCUUUCUUGGCUCUGUCAUCCGAGCUCAGGAUUUCGAGGAUUUUAAUGUGCUUAUCUAAUGGCUCUGGGAUGCUCGGUCUCGUCAUUUCCAGCCUUGGUUUGGACUGUGUAAAAAUUGGAGCAGGAAACCUGGAGCUAAAGAACCGUCUCUUAAUUCUAGGAGGGAUAAUGCUUUGGACAUCAGGAUUAUCUGCCUUAGCCCCAGUCUCCUGGGUGGCUUAUGACACAGUUCAGGAAUUUUGGGAUGAGUCCAUUCCAGAGAUUGUCCCAAGAUGGGAGUUUGGUGAAGCGCUCUUUAUGGGCUGGUUUGGAGGAUUUUUCCUUCUCCUUGGUGGUUCACUCCUUGCUUCCUCCUAUUGCUUCACACCCACUGAUCCAACAUCUAUAUGUUACAAACCUACAAAACAUCAUGAACAAUGUCUACCUGGGGACUCCAAAUAUCCAGAUCUGACUAUCUGACAGCUAGGUGCAUUUUCUAGCUGUGAAAUUGAACCCUGAACAUUGUUAAAAUGGGUUUCUAAUAUUAUUUCAUUAAGAAAGUUGUUAAUGUUUAUCUUAUUGAAUACGCACUUGUGGUUUGAAGACCUAAAUAAGUGGUGACAUUGUUAGGCAUUUUAGUCUUAUAAAAUACUUAAGAAGGAACCUACAGUGUCCAUAAAUUAUCACAGCUCCUUUAGAGAACAAUGCAAAGUCUUGAGGAAAAAUUGGAUCUACUGCAAGAAUCCCAAGAACAAGCAAAACAUGAUUCCGAUCUUGUGAAGUCCAGAAGGACGAUACUGCCCAACAGGCAAGGCAAUACAGUUUCUGUACAUUACACUGGCAUAUUAGCUUAGUAAUGGACACAUCUAGAGUUCCUGAUCCUCUCAGCAGUAUUAGCUUAUUGUCUGUUUAAUCUUCAAGAUUUUUUCUUUUUGUAACAUACCUAAUAUGCAGAUUUAGGGCUAACACGAAAUAUACACAGGUCAUUACUGCAUUAAUUGUGCCGCUCAUGUGUUAGCCAGCAAAUCACCAUCUUGUAUAGUUUCUGUUUUACCAGUGAGAAGCACUGAUGAAAUGUCAAUUUAUGCAGCUCCAGUCUUCUGAAGACAAUUACAGGUUGUAUAAUCCUGCUAAACACAGAUGAGUCACUGUCAAUAGGACUCAGACCCUGUCCAUGUCUGACUCUUUACUGACUUUAAAGAACUUAUUGUCUGGCCUUCUUCAAAGUAAUGUGUCUGCAAGAAUGUAUGAAAUAAUUGGAAGAAAGAUACUUUGUGA